ACCGCGCUCGUGUGGACCAGUGAGUGUUGUUUGACAUGACAUCAUCUUUAUUUUCAGUGCGCGAGCUGCGCCGUGCCUCCGGAAAAAAAAAAAAAAAAACAAGGCACCAAAAAACUUUGUUUGCACGUCGGAAGUGAGAAGAUGUUUCAGGAUCGUGCUCGAAACGGAGGAAAAGUUUCCAGGGAAAGUUGCUGCUGGUGUUGUUUUGAUGAUCGGAUGCAGUUUGAAGGUUGAACAUUUGAACUUUUUACGGCGCGCGGGUUCGGGGUUUGGUUUUGUUUUUACGCGCAGAACAUCACAUCUCAUCACAUCUCAUCACAUCUCCCCGCGCGCGCUGCACAAACUUCACACCUUUCAACUUUGCAAAAAUGGAUGGUUUGUUUUAUAAUGAAGCUCUGGAUGGGGUUUUAAACCACCACCAUCAUCAUCACCUUCAUCAUCAUCAUCUUCAUCAUCAUCACGGCGAGGCUGGAGGGAACGGAUACGAAACCCUGACGCGCAACAUGAGCCUGAACCUCGCCGACGCGCCCGACGCGCUCACGCUCACGUCCCCAGACCUCCAUUUACUCAAACUCACCUCCCCCGAGCUCGAGCGACUCAUCAUCCAGUCCUGCAACGGCUUAGCUCCGACAGCCCCGGCUUCCGGUCCGGCGCGCGCUUUCCCCGCUCCAAAACACUCCGCGGACGAGCACGAUGCCUUCGCCCUGGCGGAGUUCCAGUGCCACCAGAGGAUGUCCAGUAACCCCGAAGAUGUGCCACCUGUAGCCACGGCAUCGUCUCACGCCUGCGCCGGGUUCGCAGAGCACCUGAACCCCACGUGGGACGCGUACACCGACGCGCCGCCGUGCGCUCCUCCGCAGUUCAGCUGCGCGCCGGCGCUCAAGGACGAGUCGCAGAAAGUCCCCGAGACGCCGCCGCUGUCUCCCAUCGACAUGGAGGACCAGGAGAGGAUCAAAGCCGAGAGGAAGCGCAUGAGAAACCGCGUGGCCGCCUCCAAGUGCCGGAAGCGGAAGCUGGAGCGGCUCGCGCGGCUGGAGGAGAGAGUGAGCCGGUUAACGGGGGAGAACGGAGAACUGCGCGGCGCCGCCGAAACGCUCAGAGACCAGGUCGCUCAGCUCAGACACCAGCUCCUGGACCACAUCAAGAGCGGCUGCAAACUCCUCAGCCAGCAACUGCAGACUGUCAAAGAGUUUUAAAGACUGUUUUAUAGACGUAUUCGUGGGUGGCGCAGACGGAAUCGUUGCCGCCUCACAGGGUCCGGGGUCGGAUCCUGAGCUCGGGUUUCCUCCGGCUUUUCCAGUUUCCUCACAGAAAUAUGCUGGUGACUCUAAAUUGGCCCUAGAUGUAUAUGUGUGUGUGUAUGGUGUCCAAUCCAGGGUGCAUUCCCACCUCAGGCCUGGUUUUCCCGGGAUAGACUCCGGAUUCGCCACAACCCUGACCUCUAUUAAGCACUUAUAAAUAUAAAUGAAUGAAUUUCAUAUUAACAUGUGAUGUCAUCUUUUUUUUCCCCCCCACUUAUCUUUUUACUAAUAUAGAGUUUUGCACUGUUUUUAGGUUUUCUACAAUCUUUGUCCUACAUUGUACAAAAAAAAUGAUGUGUAAACAUAUUUUAUAUUAUCAAUCAACCUGUACAAGGGGUUGUUUUUUGCCCAGGUCACCUCCUGUAUGAUGAUUAAACAGUGACACGAUGCUCCAUGUACAAAAGCAACUGUUACACACUUUCAGUGCAAUUAAAUAAAUAGAGCUUUUUAAAAGGAACGAAAACGUACUUGUGUAUUUAACAUUUAACAUGAUUGUGAAUAGGCAAAUGCUGUAGAAUUUUAAGAGGAGCCACUUUUUAUGAUCGUGCAUGUGACACACAGGAGAGUUAGGGGAGGAAAAAUAGGCUUGUAUGUUUUUUUUUUAAACACAUUUUGAAACUGUUAGAUUUCUUUAGGUUUGAAAGCAGAUUAAAUGACACUUUGGGAAUGGAGUCAGAAUGGUCAAUUUUUCAUCAAUAUCAGAUAUUCAUUAUCUAUAGUAUUGAUGGGGCAUGCGGGUCACAACACAAUUUUAAAUGUAAAAGAAAUGAAAACUUUAUACAAUAGAUCUGCCAUUAAACAAGCAUGUAACUAUAGUUUCAUAUAUAUACAGUACUGUGCAAAAGUCUUAGGCACAUGCAAAGAAAUGCUGUAGAGCAAAGAUGCCUUCAAAAAUAAUGAAAUUAAAUGUUUCUACGUUAAAAAAAUACUAUAAAGAGCAGUAAACAGUAAUAAAUGAAACAAAGUCAAUAUUUGGUGUGACGAUCCUUCACUUUAAAUAAAAAAAAACAGUAUCUCAGGUGCAGUGUGUGCAGUUUUAUAAGGAAAUGAGCUGGAAGUGUUACUGAGCAUCUUGCAGAAGCAGCCACAGUUCUUCUGGAGACUUUGACUGUCGACUCGCUUCUUAUUUCUGCAGCGAAACCCAGCAGCCUUCAUUAUGUUUUUAUCUGAAAAGUGUCUCUUAUGGAAUCUGCUGCUUUCUUUACUGACGUACAAACAUUUUUCUGUAACAUUUCAUUUUGUGCUGGAAAACUAAUAUUUGGAAUCUAAAAGGUUUUUGUACUGAAUCAAUAAUGUAGAAGUCAGAAAAUAAACAUCUAUAACAAAGUUUGUACUAAAGAAAAAGACUUUUGCACAGUAUUGUAUAUAUAUAUAUAUAUAUAUAUUUUACAAAAAUUACAAAUGAGUUCUAACUAAACCUUCAUCAGAUGGCAUACUGAUU